AUGUCACGUUGGGAAACAGUUAAUAGUAUACUUAAGGUAGUUAUUCCUACUUUUUUAACUCUAAUUCUGGUCGAGAUCCCGUUAGCAUAUUAUGAUUUUAUUAAAAUCAGUCAAGGUAUAGUAUGGUAUGAACUUACAUUUGGACUUUACUUAUUAUUUGGAUCCACAUUGUUCUAUACUGGCUUUAGUUUGAGAAAACUUACCGAACUUUUGAUGCUUGAGUCAAUUGAGAGGCGGCCGUUUAAAAAAUUGUAUACAUUAAGGCAAAAUUCAAUCUGGAAUGAUAUUUCCUCUAAUAUCUUUCAGGAGGGAAGAAAAUGCGUCCCGUUUGGAAUUGGGCUUCUGGGAAAUGCUAUUUUCUUAGAACGAACAUUUAAGAGAAAUAUGACCGACAUCAAAAGACGGUUAAAUACAAUAUAUAAAGAUAUGGAUGAGGAUGAGGUCAGUGGAAAUGAUGCAAUUCUUAUUGCAGCAAAAAAAACGUAUGACGAAGAUUUAAAGCAGUAUUACAAUGAAAAUAUCUUUAAGAAAAACGACAACUGGAGUAAAUAUGGUACAACCGUACCAUUGAAUCCAAUUACCGAAACAACCAAGUUUGAAGAUAAUGAAAGAUGUCGCAGUCGUGUGGAAUUUGCGAUAAAGCUUGUGAUUAUUGUUUGUCUAGCUUCUUACGGCUUAAUUUAUGUCGUAAUUGAAUGCCUAGGUUUCAUAAAUAAAUUCUUAGGUUUUGUUGAUAAAUGGAUAGGUUAA